AUGUCAGAAAUGCAGAAACCUCCUUCAAAAUAUCAUUAUGACCCCUCGCUCGCUGCUGCGAUCACAUUCGCUGCCUUAUUUGGUAUCAGCAGCAUCCUCCAUGUCUUCCAAACCAUCCGUGCGAGGACAUGGUAUUUCAUCCCAUUCGUCGUAGGCUCCAUUUUUCAGGUAGUUGGGUACUCAGCCCGCGCGGUCAACGCAGCCGAAACUCCGGAUUGGUCGCAGAUACCCUUCAUCAUCCAGACCCUGGGGCCGCUACUCGCCCCCGCGCUGUAUGCUGCCUCCAUCUACAUGCUGCUAGGUCGCAUCAUCGGCUCUCUCCGUGCCGAGCAUCUGUCUUUCAUCCCUGUGAGAUGGCUGACGAAAAUCUUCGUGUUCGGGGAUGUUCUUUCCUUCGCUUUCCAAUGUAUAGGAGGAGGGAUUCUGUCCGGCGCAGACGACAAAAGCGGGAUUGAUCGCGGCCAGGACAUGAUCCUCGUUGGCCUCGGCAUCCAAAUUCUCUUCUUCGCAUGCUUCAUGGCGUCAAUCUCCGUCUUCCACUACCGCAUCCUGCGACAACCGACGACGCUCAGUCUUGCAGGGGUUAGGCCAUGGAAGGAAUGCAUCUUGGUGCUUUACUUCACCUCCCUCCUCAUCCUCGUCCGAUCCAUCUUCAGGGUUGCCGAGUUUGCAGAGGGGCAGACAGCCGUGUGA